CAUUUUAACUUUCAAACACAGGACAAAACGUGACGACGCCUGAUCUGGGCCUGUUCUUUCUCUCGGUCUUUCUGGGUGGAAUUCGAAUCGAGAAAUGGGUCGCCGGAUAUCCGGUCGGGUUACGGCCAUAUACUUCUGCCUCCUCCUGGUCUCGACGACAGUACACUCUUUCUAUCUUCCCGGCGUAGCUCCUCGCGAUUUUCAAAGAGGGGAUGAGCUUCAAGUCAAAGUGAACAAGCUAUCAUCUACUAAGACACAACUGCCAUAUGAUUUCUAUUACUUGAAAUAUUGCAAGCCGAAGAAAAUCAUGAAUGUUGCUGAGAACUUGGGGGAGGUCCUUCGAGGUGACCGAAUAGAAAACUCAAUUUACACUGUGAGUAUGCACCACAAUGCAACAUGGUGUUUAAUGAAGUGUCCUCACUUGUUAGGAAGUUUAAAACACACACACACACACACAUCUGGAUUGCUGUGUGUUUAUGUCGGGACGGGGGUUCAAAUCCUCGUAAUGACGCUUGUGACAAUGAUGUUUGCACUGUUGGGUUUCCUCUCACCUUCCAACCGUGGUGGGCUUAUGACUGCCAUGGUUCUCUUAUGGGUUUUCAUGGGCUUGUUUGCUGGUUACUCAUCAGCUCGUCUAUACAAAAUGUUCAAGGGCACCGAGUGGAAGAGGAAUACCUUAAAAACUGCUUUCAUGUUUCCCGGUAUACUGUUUGCUGUUUUCUUUGUUCUGAAUGCUCUUAUCUGGGGAGAAAAAUCAUCUGGAGCUGUACCCUUCGGAACUAUGUUUGCUCUUGUAUGCUUAUGGUUUGGAAUAUCAGUUCCAUUGGUUUUUGUCGGUAGUUAUUUGGGUUUCAAAAAACCAGCCAUUGAAGAUCCAGUGAAGACAAACAAGAUCCCAAGGCAGAUAGCCGAACAGGCAUGGUACAUGAAACCUAUGUUCUCUAUUCUUAUUGGAGGCAUCCUUCCUUUUGGGGCUGUUUUCAUUGAAUUAUUCUUCAUAUUGACUUCCAUCUGGCUGAACCAGUUCUAUUACAUCUUCGGCUUCCUCUUCAUUGUCUUUGUGAUUUUAAUAAUCACGUGUGCAGAGAUAACAAUUGUUCUCUGCUACUUCCAAUUGUGCAGUGAAGAUUAUCAUUGGUGGUGGAGGGCUUACCUGACUGCUGGUUCCUCAGCUUUAUACCUUUUCCUGUACUCUAUUUUUUACUUCUUCACUAAGUUGGAAAUUACCAAGCUCGUUUCUGGCAUUUUGUACUUUGGGUAUAUGCUAAUUGCUUCAUACGCCUUCUUUGUGUUGACGGGAACCAUUGGCUUCUGUGCUUGCUUCUGGUUUGUUCGGAAGAUAUAUUCCUCCGUGAAGAUCGACUGAUGUAAAGAAGGGAAAGAAAGUGGGAAUAUGUAGUAGUAAGGAAAGAUUGACUUCAGGAUGGUGAUGGAAGAGCAUUUAGAUCAGUUAAUUCCUUAUAGGGAGGAUAAGAGCAUGAAACGACGUAAAUUUUCCCAGCCUGCUUUUCAUUUUCUGGUUGCUUGUAUUUUAAUCUCGUCCGAUGAUGUUCAAACCAAAAUCAUUUUCGUCGACUGUAAGAUGUAGAAGAAUUUCCACUUGAAGAGACCUUGGUUGUAUUGGAACUUUUCUGAUUAUUCAUCAGCACCGAUGCAACUGUGACUUGAUAAAUUUUGUUAAUAUCUCUUUGCAUAGUUAUUUUAUUUAAGAAGGCCCUCUCUUUAUGAAUGUUUCCUU